AUGGCGAAAAGCCAGCUUGCAAAGAAGUGGGAGAGUGUGGCUCGUGUUAGGAACCGCUUUCGGAAUGGCCAAGACUGGCUGAAGCUGAAGACCGGGGGAGAUGGUGCAACCAGGGUGGCAGCAUGUGCGACCUCGUUUCGGCAGAAUGCCGAAAUUGUGAGCUGCUUGCUGCAGACAUCCGGGCUUGAGAAGCUGCCCCUGCCAGCCUUGACGGCACAGGUGGCUGCACUCUUCAAGAAGAUGGGCUUCAUCCCUGAGAGCCCCAAGCAGGCCAAGGACGAUGCCAAGCUUCUAAAGAGUCUUUUCAGUUAUGCUCUUCGCCGAACGGCGGACUUCAAUGUGAGAACAGUGAUGCAGAUGAUCGGGAAGCUGCAAGCUGGUGAAGCUGUGGCAGAGUCAGCCUUUGCAUCUUUGCAGUCGGGGCUGUCCGAAGAUGAAGUUUCCGAGGGUGAUGAUAAUGAUGAAGGAGAAGGGGAAGAAGAGCAGGAAGAUGAUGAAGAGGAUGUUAAGCCAGAUGAAGGAGAUGAUGAGGGUGUAGGGAAAGGAGAGCCGGAGCCGGAGAAGAAAAAGGUUGCCUCGGCACCCAAGGUCAAGAAGGUGUUGCCUUUGCCUGCCAGCAAAGAUACACGUGUGAAAAUCAGGCCUGACUACACUCCUGAUCCUGCUUUGUUUCCCGAGAUUCGCCCGAGCCCAACUUCAGCUGGGUCUGGACGAUCUCCGGAUGAGAUUGAGCUGGCCCAAUGCUUGCACCGCAUCAAGAGUCUGGAGAAAGAUAUCGAGACACAGCUUGUGUAUGAUGUUGACUUGGCUGUGGAGAAAGCUUCCAAGUCCCCGCCCACUGCAUCGACGACGCCAGGGACGACCCCCCCGACAAUCCGACACCGCACAAAGGCUAUGGAGCCCUUGACUUUGUCUGCUGAAGAGCAGCAGGCUUUGAGGGCCAGCAUGAAAAAAUCGAAGAAGAAGAAGAAUGCCUCCCCGAAGGGUUCCGAGGCUGAUGAGACGAGUACGCCGAAGCCCAAGGCUAAAGCAAAGGCUAAAGCAAAGGCCAAAGCUAGG